AAUUGGCUUCGUCAAUGUCAAUUAUUAAUCUCCACCACGAUUCCAUCAACUUAAUACCAUUUGGUCCUCUCUCUGUGUCUAUCUCUGUUCUGCAAUGUCUCAGGAGCUGCCCCUCUUCUUGGCCUUCCUCCUCGCCUUCAUUCCCUGCUCCACCGCCCUUACAAGCCUCUUCAAUUCCACUUCCUUCUCUUGUACUGGCCAAAGCCUAAACUGCUCAGGUGAUUAUGCUGUUAACCGGUUAGGCCUCGACCUCACUUCCCUGGACAAGACCACCAGCAGCUCUAAACUGGUCGGUUCGGCCAUCUAUGACAAGCCAAUCACGCUUUAUGAUAAUGGCACCGGAUUUGCGGCGGACUUCGAAAGCAAUUUCAGCUUUGAAAUCGUUCCCGUUAACAACUCCUGCAUAGGCGACGGCCUUGCCUUCUUCGUCGCCCAUUCCACUUGGACUCCCAACCGAGGAAACUAUGGUGGAAGUAUCGGCAUCUUCAACACAACCUCGGGCGCCGACAACAGCCAAAUCGUUGCCAUAGAGUUCGACACCUUCAAGAACCCCUGGGAUACGAGCGCAAAUCAUAUGGGGAUCGAUGUCAACUCCUACAGAUCCAACGUGACCGCGAAUUGGACGGUGGUUGAGUCGAUGAAUCUGAGUGGAACUGCCCUCAUCAGGUACAACUCGACGGCAGCAACUCUCAGCUCGCAGUUGAUCUACGGGAACGAUAACCCCCCUCUCAAUCUAUCCUUAGACAUUAACCUCAACAAGGUCCUCCCGGAGACCGUCGUCGUUGGCUUCUCAGCGUCGACAGGAGAUUGCAUCGAAGCCCACCGGAUAACGGCCUGGAGCUUCUCAGCUACCGUCCCCAAACCACCUAGCGCCCCCAGCCCGACUCCGGAAACUGCCCCCAAGUUGCCGGAAAUCACGACGAAGAAGCAAAAUAAGAUGCCCCUCAUCCUGGUGGCUUGUUUGGUUCCUCUGUUUAUCGUUAUAGUGGUGGCAAUAAUUUCGAUUGUUAUGAGAAAGAGGAAAAAGAAAAAGGCAGAGCUAGAGGAGGGGGAGGAGGAGAAGGAGGCGCAGGAGGAGGAGACGGAUGGUUCCCCUGAUGUGACAAUGAAUUUCGAGACCGGGCCCAGGAAAUUUAGAUACAAUGAUCUCGCUGCUGCUACCAAAGACUUUAGUGAUGAGGAGAAACUUGGGCAAGGUGGGUUCGGUGGCGUUUACCGUGGUACCUUGAAGGAUACCAAUGAAGUGGUGGCUGUGAAGCGGUUUUCUAAAGGGUCGAGCCAGGGAAAGAAAGAGUAUGUGGCAGAGGUGAGCGUGAUCAGCCGGUUGCGCCACCGCAACCUCGUGAGGUUGAUUGGGUGGUGCCACGAGCGCGGCGAGUUCUUGCUUGUCUAUGAAUAUUUGGAGGGGCGAAGUCUGGAUUCACACCUCUUUAGCAAGAAAGAUUGCGCAGUCCUGCCCUGGGCUCAACGGAGGAAGGUGGUGUUCGGCCUGGCAUCUGCAGUGUUGUACCUGCACGAAGAGUGGGAGCAGUGCGUUGUUCACCGUGAUAUCAAGUUGAGUAACGUCAUGGUCGACUCUGAGUUCAAUGCUCGUCUAGGCGACUUCGGGCUGGCAAGACUGACAAAUCAUGGGUUCGCCACGAAGACGACGAUGAUUGCUGGAACGAUGGGUUACUUGGCACCCGAGUGCGUGAUCACAGGCAAGUACAGCACAGAAAGUGAUGUGUACAGUUUCGGAGUGGUAUUACUUGAAAUCACGACCGGUCGAAGGGCCAUUCGACCAAUCGGAGAGAAAGAAGCACGUCUGGUGCAGUGGAUUUGGGAGUUCUACGGGCUCGGUUCAAUCAUGGCAGCCGUGGAUGAGAGGUUGGGAUCCGAAUUCGAUCAACAAGAGAUUGAAAGGAUGAUGGUGGUGGGUAUGUGGUGUGUGCACCCUGACCCUGAGAGGAGGCCGUCGAUGAGGGAGGCGAUUAGAGUACUGACUUUCCAGGCUGAGAUGCCAAGGCUCCCACAAAAGAUGCCGGUGCCAUUCUACGCGCCACCUCCUACGAACGAGUUUGGUUCUUCGUUCACGACCAGCAGCAGCGGAACGACGGCAACGUCGACGACGGUUUCAUCGAUGGAGUCAGCAGAGGCGGCCCUGUUGGGCUCACAAAGGUAGGCGUCUCAAUCCAGUUGCCAAGAAGAACGGAUGCAUAACACAUCUGCUCAACUAUCAGCUGCGCAAUGUAUACUUCUCUUGCCAAUUGUAAAAGGGAACAAUGCCUUUUUCAUUAGAGCUCGUUGGAAAUUUGUGUGGACUCUAUUUAAGGAGCCCAUAUCAAUUGGUUUAUACCGGGAUUUUUAGAAUCUAUUCUCCGGGCUAAGAUCCUUAGAGCUCCUAGACUCCUACGUAGAUUCUUUGUGGGAUUCUGAGUCAUUAGUCCUCAGAGGUUUCAGCGGUCUAAUUUUGUAUAUUUGAUUUGUAUAUUUGAUCAUAGUGACUUUGAUUGUUGGGCAC